AUGACAAAUGUACUGGAAAAUAUAUGUCUGAUUGUGAUUGCUGUGGAAGCUAUAGUGGGGAUUUGGAUCAAUGGAUUCAUUGGCCUGGUGAAGUGCAUAGACUGGGCAAAGAGCAGAAAGCUAUCAUUGGUGGAUUUCAUCCUCAUGAGUCUGGCCUUCUCGAGAAUGUGCCUUCUGUGGAUCAUGCUAGUUGAUGGAGUGAUGAGGGUCCUUUACAGGGACAGCUAUAUCACCAGUGAAAACAUGAAGAUUACCGGGCACUUGUGGGUCAUGACCAACAACUCCAGUGUCUCCUUUGUCACCUGCCUCAAUGCCUACUAUUUCCUAAAGAUUGCCCACUUCUCCCACCCCGUCUUCCUCUGGCUCAAGUGGAGAAUUAACAGGGUGGUCUUCACGACCUUGCUGGGGUCCUUGAUAAUAUACUUAUUCCUGACUCUUCCCAUCAGGGAGAAAUUCAAGGAUGAUUUGAUCGGGAACAUGGAAAGAAAAGAGAAGAACCACACCAAGCCUUUCCAAAUGAAGAGGUUCCAAUUCAUAGUAGCACACAUUCUCCUCUACCUUGGGCCUCUCAUCCUCUUGAUUAUAACUAUGAUUUCCUGUUUCCUACUUAUCUUGUCCCUCUGGAGACAUACCUGGCAGAUGCAGCUCAAUGCCACAGGAUCCAGGGAUCCCAGCACAGAAGCCCAUAGAAGAGUCAUUAAGUGGAUGGUCUUCUUGCUCUUCCUUGUCCUUCUCUACCACUUGGGCAUAUCCAUAACCAUCUUAAGCUCCUCUAUGCUGGAAGAAAUCCUGGGAAUUGCCAUGGCAGGCCUCUAUCCCUCAAGCCACUCUCUCAUCCUGAUUCUGGAAAACAGCAAGCUGAGGCGGGCAUCCCUGUGGGUGUGGAAGCAAGCCCUGUUCUGCUGCAGAGGAGGGAAAGCUUAG